AUGGACGAGAAGUUGGCCAAUUGCGAGCGCGAUCGUGACCGCCUCCUCGAUGCAAACAAAAGAUUGGUGGAAGGAGUAGGUCAGCACCAUCUACCAGGAGCUGUGGCUGCAUUAUGUGAGAAAUUGGAGGCGAAGAACAGAGAAAUUACCCUCUUGUUGGUAUGGAAGGAGCCUGAUGUUGAUGGUAUCAUUCAGUUUAUGUGUGAAGAAAAAAAUUUCGCCGUGAGCAGUUGUGAGAGCCAAGGUGGUGGUGGAAAAGGGCUAGGAGGAAUGUUUGGACUGGAAUCGGAACAAGUCGCAUUCAAAGACGUUGCUGGUUGCGAAGAAGCGAAGAUCGAAAUUAUGGAGUUUGUAAAUUUUCUCAAAAAUCCGCAGCAGUACAAAGAUCUUGGUGCCAAAAUUCCAAAAGGUGCUAUCCUAACUGGGCCGCCUGGUACAGGUAAAACUUUGCUUGCCAAGGCGACCGCAGGAGAGGCUAACGUGCCUUUUAUUACCGUAUCUGGUUCUGAAUUCCUUGAGAUGUUUGUCGGUGUUGGUCCAGCCAGAGUUCGUGACAUGUUCGCCAUGGCUAGGAAAAAUAGUCCGUGUAUUCUUUUCAUUGAUGAAAUUGAUGCCGUUGGACGAAAGAGAGGCGGAAAAGGAGGAAUGGGAGGACAUUCUGAGCAAGAAAAUACCUUGAAUCAACUUCUUGUCGAGAUGGACGGUUUCUCUACGGAUGAGUCUUCUGUGAUUGUCAUAGCUGCUACGAAUCGAGUUGAUAUUCUUGACUCAGCUUUGUUACGUCCCGGUCGUUUUGAUAGGCAAAUCUACGUUCCUGUACCGGACAUAAAGGGGCGAGCUUCCAUAUUCCGAGUUCAUCUUGGACCUCUGAAAACAUCACUGGAUAAAGUGCAGCUCUCACGGAGACUGGCUGCUCACACUCCGGGUUUUUCUGGUGCUGACAUUUCUAAUGUUUGUAACGAAGCUGCGUUGAUUGCUGCCAGAGAUGCUUCAGAAGAGAUAAGCCAAAAGAAUUUCGAACAAGCCAUCGAGAGGGUUGUUGCUGGUAUGGAAAAGAAGAGUCAGGUUUUGCAACCAGAAGAGAAACGAACAGUUGCAUAUCACGAGGCUGGCCAUGCUGUUGCGGGAUGGUUUUUGGAGCAUGCCGAUCCUUUACUCAAAGUUUCCAUCAUACCUCGAGGGAAGGGAUUGGGAUACGCGCAAUAUCUUCCUAAAGAGCAAUAUUUGUAUUCAAAGGAACAACUUCUUGACAGGAUGUGUAUGACUAUGGGAGGUCGUGUGUCUGAAGAAAUCUUCUUUGGACGUAUUACUACGGGAGCACAAGACGAUUUACAAAAGGUGACCCAGAUGGCUUACGCUCAGGUUAGGCGAUUUAUUCAAUAUUGCUUUUAUAUCCUUCUCUUUCAUUUC